AUGCCAAUAUAUUCAACAAAUCAACCAUUGUACAAUGUUUUUAAAAGUAAAGCAUUAUUAACACCAAGAGAACUACAUCCUAUAGAACUACAAAUAUUCAAUAUUCAUUCAUUAUCAAAUGAAUUACCUAAAUUUGUUAAAUCAUUUGAUCAAUUCGUUAAUAAUUUGAAUGAUCUUUUUUACUUUUAUUGUUGGUAUCAUCUUAUUGUUUGUUCAAGAUUUCAUAUUGCUGGUGGAUGCUUGUUAACAUGCCUUAUUGAAAAUACUACUUUAUCACCUGGUCAAGAUAUUGAUUUAUUUUAUAAAGGCAUCUCAUACGAUGAUUAUUUAAAUUCUGUUUACAAUACAGAAACAAAAUUGCGACAAUAUUUUUAUGUUAAACGAAUAAAGAAUGGUGGACAACAAAUUAUUAAUUUACGAUUGUUUAUGAAUAGAACAAUUCAAGAUCUUCUUCAACAAAAACAAUUUGUUGAUCUUCAAUUUAUUUUUAUUAAAUCAUAUUAUACAUCAGAUCAAGUGAUAACAAAUUUUGAUAUUGAUGCAACACAGUUUACAUUUAAUGGUGAAAGUUUACAAGGUACAAUGGCAGCUAUAGAAUCGAUACGAACAUCAACUAUUAUAAAUUAUACACUCAAUAAUGAUGACAAGGAUAAUGCACGUAUUGCUAUUAGAAUCGGAAAAUAUGUUAAACAUGGUUUUAAAUUGUUAGCUCCAAUUCAUUUCAAUUUCAAAUGA